ACCAGCUCCCCCCCACCGCCGGCCACCGCGCGCUUCCCUCCCAACUCCGCCGCCUCCGAUCCCGACCGCCGCCGCCGCCGCCGCCGGUGAGCUGGGCCCCACGUGACAGCCUCCGCGUGGCCUGCUCCUGCCGCCUCUGGCUUGGGCUUCCACUGGCCGCCGCCGCAGCCGCAGCCGCAGCCGUCGCCUCCCGAUCUGCGAAUUUUGCCAACCCCACUGAGGAGUGGGGGCCACUCCUCCGCCGCUGAAGCGAAGGGUCUACGCGUUGGCAUCUAGCCGCCGCCGCCGCCGUCGCCGCCGUCGUCUGGAGUAGGGGGUUUGGAGAUUCUAGAGACUAGAGUUGGAGGAAGAGGCGAGAGGCGAGAGGGGAUCGAGGCAGGGAUGCGCGGAUCGGGGCGGGCGAGGCGGCGCGGGGACGUCGCGCCAUGUUCGGCCGCAUGAGGUGCCUCGUCGGCGGCGGCGUCGAGGACAGCCCGCGCGGGGCGGUCAGGAGGGUCUCGCCGGCUUUGAGGCGGGUGCACAACGCCAACGCCUCCGCCGCCGCCGCCGCCGGAGCGGAGGGAAAGAGCGGGCUCCCCUUCCGUUCGCCGGACGUGAUGGAGACGGUGCACGAGGUGGCCAUUUACAUCCACCGCUUCCACAACCUCGAUCUGUUCCAGCAAGGGUGGUACCAAAUGAAGAUUAGUGCAACGUGGGAGGAAGGUGGUUCCAAGACGCCAGCUUCACCUGCAAGGGUCGUGCAAUAUGAAGCUUCUGAUGUUGGUGCGGACGAUGCAUUGGGCAUUUGGAAAAUAGAUGAUGCCGAUAACAGCUUCUACACGCAGCCAUUUCGAAUCAAAUAUGCUAGACAAGACAUUUAUCUAUCAGUUAUGGUGUCUUUUAACAUAUUCAACAGUGAAGAAGAGGGCCCAGCAGCUUCAUCUGUUAUAUUGAAAUUUGAGCUGAUAUAUGCCCCAACGCUGGAGAAUGGGUCUGAUAUUCAAGCUUCUAGUGCCACUUCUUCGGCUGCUGUUCAUGAAUUUAGAGUCCCACGUCGAGCACUCCUUGGUUCACACUCAUAUUGUCCAGUUCACUUUGACGCAUUCCACUCCGUGCUUGUUGAUCUGACUUUACAUAUCGUGUACCUCAAAGCUGGUGCAACUAAAUCAUCAUUGAAGAUACCAGACCAAGGUUUAGGACCAACAUCGCAUCACAUUGUGAAGGCAUUAUUAACCUCUAGGGAAAUGCUACUCGAAGAACUAAAGAAAAUCAGUGAUGCUAUUGGUAAAACAGUAGAAGAUUUAGAUGUUGCUGACUUAAGUCUUGGUAAAUAUGAGGCAGUUCAGCCUGCAAAAUCAGGUCUACCUAAUUCAAAUAAAGUUUUCCCGGCAACUACCAAGGGUGUUGGGCACUUGGCUGGCAUUUUACAUGACUUUCUGGAGAAACCCAACAGUGCGGUUGAUGGUGCCAACGAUGCUAUGCUAUAUACACUUCCUAAGGAAGAGUUGUUAGAAUUGUUUCUAACUGUGAGCAGCCAACUUUCACUUCUAUGGAAUGCUUUCUUGAAAUUUCAUAGGAUAAAUAAAACCAAGAUAUUGGACUACUUGCGUGAUAUUUGGGCUCUUGACCGGAAAUCAGAAUGGUCAAUAUGGACUGUUCACUCAAAAAUUGAGAUCCCACACCGCUAUUUACGUAGUACGGACGAUGAGUCAUCUCACCGUCAUUCCCUUCUGAGAGUUUCUGGCUCAAGGAAGUUCCAUGAUGAUCCUGUACAAAAUUCUGCCUCACGGGCUGAACUGCACAGGAAAAGUAUAGCACAAAUGAAGAUCAACACGCUGUCCGUUCAAGAUAUGCAAAUAUAUGCAGAUCCUUCACGUGUUCCUGUUGUUCUUAUAGAACAACAUGUCAUGGUUGUUCCGCAACAUGGCUCUAGCAAGGAUUUGGCAACAAAUUCUUCAGAACAAAAGGAUACGAUUGUACUACCUAAACUACAAGGAGAUUCUUUGGCACUGAAAAGCAGUGCUGGUAAAAAAGGACGGAUAUUGCGAGCUGUCAUUUUUGUGCAUGGGUUUCAGGGACACCAUCUGGAUUUACGUCUUGUACGAAAUCAAUGGCUUCUGUUGGAUCCUGGAGCUGAGUGCUUAAUGUCUGAGGCUAACGAAGAUAAAACAUCUGGGGAUUUUAAAGAAAUGGGUGGUAGGCUUGCUGGGGAAGUUGUUGCAUUCCUGAAAAAGAAAGUUGAUAAGCUUGCAAAGUACGGAGGCUGCAAAGAAUUGAAGCUUAGUUUUGUUGGCCAUUCCAUUGGGAACGUUAUCAUCAGAACUGCACUUGCAGAACCCGCAUUACAACCAUACUUGAAGAACCUGUACACGUACAUGUCAAUAUCAGGCCCACACUUGGGCUACUGGUACAGCUCAAACUCUUUAUUCAACUCUGGCCUCUGGCUUCUAAAAAAGCUCAAGGGAGCACAGUGCAUCCAUCAACUCACUUUCAGUGAUGAUCAAGACCCCCAGAAUACAUUCUUUUAUAAACUUUGUAAGUUGAAGACACUGGAGAACUUCAAAAAUAUUAUACUUCUAUCUUCACCACAGGAUGGUUAUGUACCAUAUCAUUCAGCAAGAAUCGAGCUCUGCCCGGCUGCAUCAUCAGAUAACUCAAGGAAGGGCCAAGUCUUUACAGAAAUGCUCAACAAUUGCUUAGAUCAGAUGCGCGCACCCACAUCUGAAACCCGGAUCUUCAUGCGCUGUGAUGUGAACUUUGAUCAGUCCGCGCAAGGACGGAACCUAAACACCAUGAUUGGCAGAGCAGCGCACAUAGAGUUCCUGGAGACUGACAUCUACGCCAAGUUUAUCAUGUGGUCCUUCCCUGAACUUUUUCGAUGACUGGGUUUUCCUCUUUGCACUUUUGGCCCUUAUCAAACCAAUAGUGCACUACUGACCAAGCAAGAAAGAUUACCCUAGCGGAAAGUUUUCACCGCAAUUCGACACCAAGAUUGGUAGCACUGUAAAGUUCCUAGCAGUAACGAUUUUUCCAGCCUGUUAGAUUUGAUUGUAUAAAUAGUCCUGAUUUCUUCAUUUCAUUUCAACCAUAUAGUUCCUGUAGAUUUUUGCCGUCAGUUAUAAUCCUUCUUGGUGUAUGUAACACUGCAGUUUAGGAUGGCCAGCCAGCCAGCCAGCCAGAGCUUAUGUCAAAAUAAGCAUGAUAUGUGUUUGUUUUUUUUUCACUCAUCAUCCCAUGGUGAAACUGACAAAUAUCCAUGGUAGAUGAUACUGUUUGGUUGGUGAAAAUGGAAUUCCUUAUUUUUCUCCCUUCCAA